GCGGCGCAAACGCGUUGUCAAGGCAAUGGAAGGGGGUGGGAAUGUCCUGGUAUUGGACAGAAGAAGAAGAAGACGAUAUCAAUUCUGUUUUCAGGACAAGCUCUAAAGGGUUCGACUCCCUUCCAAAGUGCCUGCUUUUGAUGUUGGCCAUGGUACAAUACCAACAAACCUAGGAGACGCGAUCAAACGGGGCUUCUGAUUAACAAUCUUGCAUUUGCAUUUUGCCCCGAAGCUGGAAAGAAGUGGGCCCCUUUCCCACGUGGCCAGAUAUUGUGUUCAAUUGAAGCGCUAGUCCCAACCCAGAAAGGAGCAGACCAGGGAUGAGCAAGACAAAAUUCCAGAAUUGGUGACAUAUCCAAGCUGUUCUUGGUGUCAGCUAAAUGACAAUUUCAGGUUGCUACAAAUUCUUCGCUGGGUUUGAACAGCGACACGGUGAGCAACAAGACUCUCAGUAUGAUCAGGGUUCCUAGCUUGAAGAGUCAGAGAUCGCCAUCCCUGCGUGAAAGUCGACUCUUUUCAGAAAGUUUGGUCUACAGUCUAGACGAGUCGCUCCCGGAUAUGUUGCACAAAGAUAUGAAAGACGCGGACUCCCAGACUGAACCUGCGGUCCUGGAAUCAACCGCAGACCUCGCCUGCCAGACUGAUCCCGUCCCAGCUUUCAAUGGGUUGUGCAGGCGCUGUGCACGGCCACCUCGCUUGCCAAGCGUUGUUCCAUCUAGGGGCCGGAAACGCCUGACCAGCGGAGGAGAUCCCAAUGAUUUUGUGGACACCCGCGAGGCAUCCUUUGAAUCAGACUCGCCGAUGGCAGAGGCACUUUUACAUCGCAUCCAGGGUUCUUGGGCUUUGCAUACAGGCCCAGCGCAGACUGCACCGUGGCUGCAAGCUUUCCUGGUGAAAGGCUACGAAGCGGAAUCGCAGGAGGAUGUUCUCGAGAUCCGCAUUGAAGGCGACUCUGUAUAUAUGGCAGGUGGAGAGUUGUCAUUGGAUCAGGAGGGUUUUCUCCACCGUUAUGGACAGUCAGGGACACAUCUGAUAUACGAGAGGUCUGAAGCACCGUUCUGAUGCAGGGGCACAGUUGGUACAGAUUUGGCUGCGCCUCAAAGAGGCUGCUCAUUUCAAGUAGAGACCCAAGCAAGGUCGGUAGGGAUUCAAUGCUCCUAUGUUUCUUGAUUCUUGACUUCAUCGAAUCCGUUCACCGCGGGUUCAUCAAAUCGAAUCUAGGCAAUGGCAGCCUGGCUUGACAAUUGUCG